UUUUUAUUUUUUAUUUUUAUUUUAUUUUUUAAUCUUUCAAACAAGUUUUAUAAAAGUUAUAUUGGUUUGACCCUUUGAUUUUUCCUUUCUCGAGCCCUUGGACCUCUGCACUGGAUUGUCUUCUUUCUUUUCACUGUCGUCCGCUUAAGAUUUGAAGCCACAUUCCGUUGUAACAAAAGCAAUUUUUCUCCUUUUUCUGUCCUAUCUUGCCUUUUUUCUUAUCGAGGACACCCUCAAGCGAACGAAAAACCCAAUUUUACAUUCAAUUCCCACCAAGUCAGAUCAAAAAACAGUGAAUUCCUUCUGUUUGCUUUCAGGAUGCUCUUUAACGUGUUGGUGCUUACUGCAAGCGUGGCAUGUACACUUGUAUCGGCCGGUGAUCACCGUUUACUCAAUGACUCGAGUACACCCAAAACAUGCAACAGUCCCAUCUAUUGCGACGGCCCGCUACUGAAAACGGUCCAAAUGGCGCGUCUUUUUGAAGAUUCUAAAACCUUUGUAGAUAUGCCAACCUCCAAGCCGGUAGACCAGGUCCUGGCAGCCUUUGAGGCGAUCGGCGGUGAAAACGCCGAUAAGGAAUCCAUCGGUCGAUUCGUGCAUGAUAACUUUCAGCGAGCCGGUGCCGAAUUGGUGCAAGUGCAAUCUUCGGUACAACAACCUUUAGCAUGGUUGGACAAGGUCGACGAUUUAAAGUACCGCGGAUGGAUCGAACGGUUGCACGGAGCGUGGGCUAAUCUGACCUUUGAGUUCGAUACAUCGGAAUUGUGUGACGGAUGUGCUUCCAGCACCCUCCCCGUUAAACGACCGUUUGUGGUUCCAGGCGGACGCUUCCGUGAAUUUUACUAUUGGGAUAGCUUUUUUGUCAUCAAGGGACUCCUAUUAAGCGAUCUAGACCAUUUGGCCAAGAAUAUGAUUGAGAAUUUCCUCGAUUUCGUUGACAUAGUGGGAUUUAUGCCCAAUGGAGCGCGCAUCUACUACCUGAACCGAUCCCAGCCACCCUUUUUGACGGAAAUGGUCAAAAUAUACUAUGAAAAGACCAAAGACAAGGACUUUAUGCGACGUGCAUUGCCGAUUCUCGAUAAAGAGUACAAUUUCUGGAUGAAAAACACAACCGUGACGAUUCGCGAUCAGAAAACCGGCAAAAACUAUCAACUAAACCGAUACAAUGUAGAGAACCAUUUCCCACGCCCUGAAUCCUACUUUGAGGAUUACCAAACCGCACACAACGGCACCAACUUGACUGAAACCCAAAUCAUUGAUCUCUUCUCUAAUCUGGCAACGGGCGCUGAAACCGGGUGGGAUUACUCGUCACGUUGGACUCGUAUAAAAGAACUGCCCCAUGAUCAUGAAAGGCAUUCUUACGACGUUUUGCGAUCAUUGGAUACGCGAAAUAUUGUACCUAUUGAAUUGAACGCCUUGUUAUGGAGUAUGGAGAACACGUUAGCGGAAUGGCAUCUCGAAUUCAACUCUGCUCAUGGCCGUGCCACCAAGAAGAGUAAAUGGUACGCUCGUCAAGCAAGCAAACGUCUGGAUGCCAUCGAUAAGCUUCACUGGAAUCAAGAGAAUUACACGUUUUAUGACUAUAAUCUGACAAGUCAUCGCCAAAGUAUAGAAUUCACACCCGCAAGCAUGUAUCCUUUCUGGUUGGGAGCCAUACCAGAACGCGUGAAAGCACCAUCGACACUACGUCAUGUGUUCGAUGUCAUUCGUGAUGCACUUGAACAAUAUCCGGGUAUUCUCACCACAUCCUUCUUUGACUCUAGCAUGCAAUGGGAUUGGCCAAACGGUUGGCCACCACUUCAAUAUAUCACCUUGCAGGCCAUGAUCGCUGUGAAUGACCUACUGGCGCCGGAAGACACAAAGCUUUUGGAUUUGGCUCACACCUUGGCAGAACGCAAUGCUGCCACCGCUUUUUGUUCUUGGUACAAGACCGGUGGUACUAUUCCUGGGAUCUUAGCCAAAGCGCCCAAUACGACGGACAAUGGCCACAUGUUCGAGAAAUUUGAUGUUCGUUUCCUCGGCGGCGCAGGAUCUGGAGGAGAAUAUACGGUUCAAGUAGGUUUUGGUUGGACCAACGGUAUUACUUUGUGGAUCUUUGAUACGUUCCGGAAUCUGACAGCACCUGACUGCAACUCGGCAUAUUCCUAUAAUGUGUAAUUUUUAGAUUUACAUCAAUCAUUCAAAACUGUUUUAACUUAAAAGGAAAAAAUCCUUGUAUUGUACAACAAAGCAUCUUUAUAACACUUCAUUCAUGACAAUCAUCUGUUUUUACUUUUUUUUCCGUACUUGUUCGCUCUGCUUCCUUUUUAUCCUAUCAUUUCUCAUCUUAGUAGAUUAUUAAUCAAACGAUCUCCAAAGUACUCCAGGAAGAAAGUGAGCAAUGCUUUUUUAUAUCAAUAUUGUAUGAUGGUAGAUUUAUAAGGUGGCAUGCGGGGAAGUGGUUUGGAAAUGCACUUGAUGGUUUUUUUUUUUUUGCACUGUCCCUGAUGGUUUUGCAACCCGCCAAUCCCGGUUGCCAUUUGUGGAUGUGACUGUUUUAUAGCUGCCAAUGAGGCCCGACUCGCGAAAAAAAAAAAUUGUUCAAAGCAGAAAUUUUUCAGUCGAAAACU